AUGGAUACAUGUUAUAGCAAAGGUGCUUACCAAGGUGCCUUAAAACAGGUAGUUGUUGGUGAUAUACAGAAUCAUUUACAGGCAAUGUUUAUGUUGCUACGUCCACAAGAUACUAUUAAACUGGCUGUGAAGUUAGAAAGUAUGCAUCAACACCGCAUACGAUACAUGGUUGUGGUAUCCUGUAUGGGACGACAAGACACUCAGGAAAGUCUGAUUCUUGGCAUUGAUUAUAAAGACUCUGCUACCAUUGGAUUAGUCCUACCAUUAUGGAGGGAUACGGAGAUUAUGUUAGAUGGAGAUGGUGGUUUUUCCGUGACAAGAAAUGACACUACUAAUAUAUUUAAACCAGUUUCAGUACAAGCUAUGUGGUCUGCAUUGCAGUGUCUUCAUAAAAACUGUGAUAUUGCUAGAGCUAAUAAUUAUUUCUUUGGUGGAUUGGAUUUGACAUGGGCAGGUUAUUAUGAAGCCAUGAUCACUUCUGAGCAGUCCUGUAUUAAUGAGUGGUAUAUCAUGAAAGAUUUGGAAGUGCAUCGGCCUGAUUCACCAUCAUAUGAAGAAAAAAGAACGGAAAAAGAAGCAACAGAGAAGCUUAUUAAGAAAAAGUUGCGUAAUAUAAUGAUGGAGGUCGAUAUUGAUAAUAUUACCAGUAAACAGGUGCGUUCACUAUUACAAGAAGACCUUAACAUGGAUUUAAAAGAAUACAGGUUUUUUAUUGAUGAAGAAAUGAUUAUUAUAUUAAGACAGAUGGAUGCAGCCUCCUGUAUAUUUGACCAUGUGUAUUUGGGAUCAGAAUGGAAUGCUUCUAAUUUAGAAGAGUUAACAGAAAAUGGCAUUGGUUUUAUAUUGAAUUUGACGAAAGAAAUUGACAACUUUUAUCCCGGUCAUUUUGAGUACAAGAAUAUUAGAGUGUAUGAUGUUGAAGAGACUCAGUUGAUUCGUUACUGGGACGAGACCUAUAAAUUUAUGUCCAAAGCAAAAGAACUUGGCUCGAAGGUGUUGGUUCACUGUAAAAUGGGUGUGAGUAGAUCGGCAGCAACAGUGAUGUCAUAUGCAAUGAAGGAAUAUGGUUGGUCAUUGGAUGACACAUUUAAAUAUGUUAAAGAUCGACGUAGUGUUGUUAAUCCUAAUGCUUCGUUCAUGAGACAGUUAGUGGAAUAUCAAGGUAUUCUGGAUGCCAGUAAACAGAGGCAUAACUAUUUGUGGCGGAGUAAAUCCACUUCAAAUCUGGCAGAUGAGAAAUUUGACAAUGAUGAGAGCGAUUUUUUUCCAAGUACAUCUUAUCCAGAUGGUUGCCUAACAACUGACGACCUACUGACCAUUAAAGGCAGACCAAGGUCAUGGUCACCCGAUGAGUACACAUCUAACCAACUACUGAGAAGUAUGGACUCUGGGGAGGAGGUAGAAUCUUUGUCAGUGAAUGAUGGGAAAUCAGAAGAGUGUCAGGAACAAGAUGUGUCAAAAGAAAUUUCUGAGCAAAACAAAGAAGCUGUCAAACUGAAUCUUUUAAAGAAAUUUGAAAUGCCGUUAGAAGAAGAUGUACAAGUUGAAGGAAUACAUUUGAAUCAUGUUGAAUCAGAGGAUCAACCCGAUCAUUCAACUGUUGCAGGUGUUAUUGAUAAUGGAUUGUCUUGUGUUAGAGAAAACUUAUUGCCCUUGGAUGAUGGAUUUAUGGAGUUAAGUGUGCCAGUGCCUGUGUUGACGAUGAGUAAAGAAGAUGCUGAUGUACCUACAAAUGAUGUAACAGAUGAAGCUGAAGAUGAGGGAAUUGCGUUACCCUCGGUAACUGAUGAACCAUGCUGUGCUGACGGGAAUUUAGCAGUUCUGCCUCUUGCUGAAGAAGAGAAGUCUGAAACGGAAGCUGUGAAAGAAGUUAUCAUAAUUGAGUUGGAUGAGCCUGACAUGAGGCAGACUGUACCUGAUGUGCCUGAAGUCAGCGGUGAUAAAGUUGAUGUAAUGAAAGAGGAGCAUGUGGACAAUGAGAUUGUAGGUGGUAAUGUUCACGUUGAUGAGCAUGUGAAGGAAAGGGCAGACAGUAUAGAGACCUACGUUAAGGAAUGUAUACAACCAGGCACAGUGCAACGUCAAAAGCAAGAAUUAGAAGAGAGGUUGAGAGCUGAACUUGAAGACCAUGGGAUUAGAUCUGCGAAAAACUCAAAUGAGAGUUCCCAGAGAAGUAGUCGCCGAAGUAGUCGAGCAUCUCCACUCGGAAGUACGGAGGAUUUGAGGCUGAAUACUCUUGUCCAAGAGAGUGGAAAUAUAGACACUCACGGUGAGGAUGCAGUUGCCAUGGAAACUGUUUGCAAUGAUACUGAAUUCAUAGCUGAUGUUUCUGAACAGUCUGUGCCUGAACCUGGAACUGUGAAAAGGACAAGGGAUAUGUUUUAUCGGCAUAUGGAAAUGGGGACAAAAGGAGUCUCUGAGUCGAUUUCACGUGAUAGAGCUCUAUCAUGUGAAAAAAAUGUACAUUCUGAUGAGAGUGCUAAAAGUUCCAGAACCAGCUCUGUAGGGGAUGCAGAGCUGCUAAAAAUAGAUUUAGGAAAUUCUGAUCGUGGAGUAGAAGAAAAGAAAGAUGACAAACCAAAAACUGAAAUAAAAGAUUCUAAUGAGGAAGAUACACCAAUGGUGGAAAAAGAGGAUGGUCAACUUGUUGUUAUUGCUGGUGAAGAGAUAGCAUACGAACCUGGCAAAGUUAAGAGACAAGCUCAGGACUUUGAGCUGAGGCGUAAGGAGACUGAUGAGUUGUCAAGCCCUCUAGAGGAGUUAAUAAAAUUAGUGUCAGAUGAAAAGAAGGACACAUCUGAAAAAGUCAAAAUUAGGAUUAUAGAGGCUACCUCUCCAAGAGAUGAACAUAUUGUCACAAGUAAAAAGAGUGACUGCAAAUCUGUAGAUGUAGAGGAGGAGAAGAAGCAAGGACAAGAGAUUGCCGUGAUCUGUACAAAUACUAGCAGUGAUGAAGAGAAAAGCUGUGAUAGCAGUACUUCGUCACCAACAGUAAAAAAGAAGAGUGAAUCCAACAAUGUCUCACCAGCGACUGUGAAAGUUUGUUACCGAAAUGAAACUAUUGAACUACCAGCUGGUAGUGUCCGGCAACAAAGGGAAGCGAUCGAAGGAAAAACUAAAGAUACAGCUAAAAAUCAAGAUUUAGCCGACUUACAACAUGAGUGUGUGAAAGAAGGCAGACUGACUGUAGAAGAACUAAGAAAGAUACGUGGAUUGGGACAAGUAAUGUUGGGAUGUGAAGAUGAAGGGACUUUUGAUGUAGUUGAACCAGAAUCAGUGAGGACACACAGCUGCAGUGAUGAAAAUGUCAAUCUGCUUGGAACGCCAUCAUGCGUUAAGACUAUAGCUAAACAGUUUGAAGAGACAGAAAUAAAAAGAUCAUCAUCCAUUGCUAAAAUGUCUGAUGAAAUGUUAUCUCCAGAUGUGGUGUUUGUACCGGAAUUCCCAGAAACAGAUGACGCUGACACAAUAACUAUAACUGCUGAAUCAUCAGAUGCAAUGGAUGUUGCCAACACAAGUACAGUGAAAGGUUUAGUUGGUAAAUACAAUAGACAGAGUGCAUCGUUAGAUACUGAAACUAAGGACUACAAGCAUGAUGAUGUAUUUGUAGAUAAGACAAGCCAGUCACUUGACUUUACUACUUCUGAGGAGAAAGCAUCAGUUUGUACAUCUGAAACGGCAUGUGGGAGCAGUAAAGCAGACACUGACAGUCAGGAAACAUUUGUCAUACCAUGUAAUAGAACUACAGGGAGGUCUGCAUUUUACAUACCCUUGCCGAAUGAACAAUCAGACGCUCCAGUUGCCAGACCAAGAGAUCUUUUUUUACCUUCAGAAGGUUCUUCACAGUCUGCCGGAACACGGAAAGUCAGGUUUAUAAAAAAAUGUGAUGAGUGAAGCUCCACAGAGUACCACCAGAUAUGCACAUUGAUGUUAUUGCAUGCAAGAGAUUGCCUUAUGUGUAUUGGUUCUAUUUUAAAAUCAGGAUCACAUAUGUGUUUUCUUUUAUUUGACUUUCACAGUACCUAGUAACUUAUCUUAAACUCAAGAACCUCACAUACUCCGGUAACUAAUUAUUGUACUAUAAAUGCCUUGUAUUUGCAUAUCAUUUACUUACACAACACCUUGAAUUGACAGAAAUGGAGAAACUUGUCAAAACUAUGUAAUAACACCUGUUUAAACUGAACACCAUCUUGUCCAUAGACAUAAGACAUGGCAAAACUGACUUACUGAAAGUUAGUGUGUUUUCAUGUGAUGGGUGAACACAUUAACUCUUUGCGUUUGUGAGCUGUGACCCCUAAAAAAACACCAUUCAAGCGAGCAUAACUUUAUGAAAACUUGACUGAAUUGUUCAAUAUUAUAUUACCAGUCACUCAUUUAUUUAUUCUGAAAACAAAUUGAACAACAGAUUCAAGACAAAUUCAUCAUGGAGUAUAAAAGAAAUUGUAUAAGAUAACUAUAACAUAGUGGGCCUGCAAGAAUGGUAGGUGAGGCAGACAACCCUAUGAAUGUCCUCCAUUUCACAUGAUAAUAUAAUUAGCAAUUUCCAGUCUGUUCUUUCAGUAGUCUGAAGAUCUCUAUAAAUUGUACAAUUUCCAGCUCCCUCUGGUGUUCAGCAUAAACAGCUCUCACUACGUUUUGAGUUCAUACCUCUGUAGUAAAACCACUUAUAAGUAAUAUUUAUCUGCAGUUAACAAAAAGAGUGCAAAUAUAGACCUCAACUACCUCCAUGUAUUAAAUCAAGGUUGUUUAAGCAGAGUUAAUGUUCUCUCAAUGAGGAAAUAAACAGCCCUGACUUCUGUAUAUAGCAUGACAUUUAACCUGAGACUGAUAUAUGGAGCACAUGGAUAUCAUAUGCUUUAACAUAUAGACCUUUAUAGGUGUACAAUUACAUCUACAAUGCUGUUUUGACUAUUUAUCAUUUGGCAGCAGAGCCAUACUAGAUCUGGCAGCUCCCACUGUGAAGUCCAGCUUAAUUUAUCUAGCAAUUGCUGGUACAACCGAGAGGGUUAUAUCUAAGUACAUGUUUUGUGUGAUUUGGCUUAUUAGCUGUUAGAUUUCUCUGUAAAUGAUGUGUCAGCUGACUGAAGCAUAUGGUGCUGCAUCAGGAAGGGGGAGGGGGGAGCACUUGAGUGUUCUAUGACUGGGGAUUUAAUGUUGAGUGUGUCAUGUACUGAUAAUGUAAAUAUAUAUGUAUAUUUAAUGUGUUGUAAAUGUUGUGUCCCUUGCAGUGUUGAAUGUGUCUUUAAAACAACACUACUGCCUCUUUUGUAAUAUUUCUCUCUUUUGGGUCUUGUAAAUAUUCUUUCAAAAAAUAUUAAUCAUUGGCAUUUUAGUAUCAUAUAUUUCUAUUCAUUGGCAUAAUGGGAAUGGUUUGUAUUUCUUGUUGGCUUCCAUUUUAUCGGGGCAGAGUUUGUAUUUACCACAGCAGUACUGGUAUUGAAUGAGAAUAUGUGGUGUUAAUGUCUGUUAUAUUUGAAUAAAGUAUUCUAUAUGAAAAGUA